AUGCAAGCCAUAAAAUGUGUAAUAAUAGGCGACGGAGCAGUAGGAAAAACCAGCAUGUUAAUAAGUUACACGACCAAUGCCUUUCCCGGCGAAUACGUACCCACAGUAUUCGACAACUACUCGGCGAAACCAAUGGUCGACGGGAAACCCAUAAACCUGGGACUCUGGGACACGGCUGGCCAAGAAGACUACGACCGACUCCGUCCUCUGUCCUAUCCACAGACGGACGUCUUUAUAAUUUGUUUCUCGUUGGUAUCCCCGACAUCGUAUGAAAACGUGUCAAGCAAAUGGUUGCCAGAAAUUAAUCACUACUCGCCGAAUGUGCCGACUAUUUUGGUGGGCACGAAGCUGGAUCUGCGCGAGGAUAGAGAAACUAUUCUCAAGUUGCGACAGGAGGGUGAAGUGCCAGUCACGUAUGCGAAAGGUGCACAGAUGGCAAAAGAUAUUUGUGCUGUAAAGUAUUUGGAGUGCUCGGCGUUGACGCAGAAGGGUCUAAAUAACGUGUUUGAUGAAGCUGUUCGUGCGGGACUUAAUACGCUCCCUAAACCGCAGCCAAAGUGCAAAUUAUGUACUAUAUUGUAA